AUGGCUGCCAGUGAUGUUGAUGUCGGCCAAGAUGGGUCCAUCAUCAUUUGCACCACGUCUGGAACGGCAUGGAGGAAAGAAAAGCGAACGAAGCGCAAAGAUGGAUCCUCGAAGGAUUACAAGUUUGCCCGUAUCCCAGGAUUGUCACGGGCCGUGGCUGUCCGCAGCAACGCCUUUGGAGCAUACGCUGUGGCGCAGCGCGAUUACGACGUGACUCGCGAACAAGUACACAUCGGCCGGAGUACUCUUUGGGAUGAUCUGCUACCUCUUUCACCAUUCAUCACUCCCGGCCUGGAAGAUGUCGAUUCGAUGCUAGCACAGGAUACAACAGAUGAUCCGGUCCCGCUCUCCGCCGCAACGGUCAUCAAAAGAGCUAUUAUACUCUCAUCGGAUAUGGAGAGCCAAUUUCUGCCUCUGCAAUCUGCUGGAAUGGUCUGGGUCACAACGUCUACUUCUGAAUCACGCAUUCCUGUGCACAAAUUCCUUCUCACGGGUCGCAGCCCCGUCCUUCGAAAGGCCCUUCAUGAUUUCCAAGAGUCGUAUUAUUCGACUGUACCCGAAAUUCUCGAUAUCGAAUACGGCAAGGACGGACAGACUCAGAUCAAACUACAUGGAGCCGAUUUCCUGACUGCGAUGAAUCUCGUGUUCUUCCUGUACACGGAUGACAUACUCGAUGUUUGGCAUCUGGCGAAGACCUCCCCUGCAAAUGCGGCUCGUUACCGACAGGUUCGCAACGAAGUAAUGCGGGUUGCAACACAUCUUGGCUUGCCAACUCUGGAGCGUGCAGCCAGACUAAUGGUCGAGCCGCAACGGAGCUUGAAAACGGAUAUGGCUCAUGCUAUCAAAUCCGACACGUUCUUUGACGAUGCAGAUGUUGUUGUUGAUCUGAAGGGAGAUGCUGUCAAAGUACACAGUCAGGUGAUCUGCCAAAGAUGCCCAUUUUUUGAUACCUUGUUCCAUGGCCUAUCUGGUGGCAGGUGGCUCGCUUCUCGUCGGUCGUCUGAAAUGAUACACGUUGACCUUCAACAUAUCGAGCGCCCGACUUUCGAUUUUGUCUUGCGCUAUGUCUAUGCCGACACAGACGAGCAAUUGUUUGACCAAGUUCGGGUAAAUACAAUUGACGAUUUCAUCGACUUGCUUCUGGAUGUCGCGUACGUGGCCAACGAAUUGAUGAUCGAUCGACUGUCACAAAUAUGUCAAAAGAUGAUUGGUCGUUUUGUCAACACUCGCAAUAUUUCCUACCUUCUCAAUUCGGUUGCUCCCAUCUACGUGUCCGAGCUCAAGGAGGCAUCUCUGGAAUACAUUUGUCUCGACCUCGAAACUAUGCUUGCAAAUAAGUAUUUGGACCUUGAUGAUGAUCUGCUUCGGAAGCUUGACCUGGUCUGUCACGAAAAUCAACUGGCCUGCUAUCCGAUCUCCCGAGGGCGUAACUCCGACGACUUUGUCUUUGAGAAAUAUCCGGAGAUCGUCAGCUCUCUUGAUAGGGACAAGAGACGACGCAUCGAUGCCAUGGCACUUCAAACCCGUCUCGGCCAGGUGGAAUCAUACGAUGUGCGGCCACGACAAGGUGCAAACGACAAGACACCUGUAUCUUCUCGAAAGACAAAGGCCAGUACGCCUCGGGAGCUUCAUAGCUCGGCUGCUAGCCCUAUGCUGAAGCCAAGGCAGUCUACCGGCGACCUCAUGUUCCAAAUGGAUGAGGAGGCAGCCUUGUCACCUGGUGAUUUCAUCAAGGGUAAAGCUGCAAUGCGGAGUAUGAGACCAGGGGAAAGUUCAUACCCCGACUCUCCCGCGCUGGGGGCAAGCAUACCCCAGUCGAUUGAGGAGAAGAGUUUCCUGGACGCCCAAAUGUCCUCCACACGCGAUGCCAUCUUGUCUGAGUCUCCAACCGAGUCUCGGGCCAUUGCACUUCAUCAAAAGCCCUCCCUUGGAUCACCUCCCGAAUCUUCAGCACCAUGGGGCUCACCUGUAAUUCCGAGCAGUAAGAAGGACCUCAAAGAUAUCAUGGGCGAAACUUCUCAAUCUCGAGUGUCCAAUUUGACAUUGGGCAUGGCUGCUGGACGGCGCGAGAGUAUUGGCAACUUUACGCAGAAGAUUUCCCAAAAGGAGCGAAAGAAGCAACAACAGCAACAGCAAAUUCAGGAGAAGCUUGCUGCCGAGGAAAAGGCCAAGGAGGCAUCGCGAAAUCCAUGGCAGUUGCCACCACCAGCUACACCGUCAACUCCUGGCAAAGAUCCGCUUCCUGGUCAAAGUGCACCGUCCACUCCAGCUUCUGGGUCAAAAUCUGUUCAAAAGCCCGCGAUGACCAUGCGCCAGACCGUAGCUGGGACACCUAUCCCUCGCUCAAAGCCAGUUGCCACACCAGUGCAAUCACAAAAUCACAGUAUUUCUGGGAACAUACAAUCUUCACUCUCCAAAAACUCGUUCUCCUCACAGGAUUCCCUCCCAAAGCUCUCCCCACAACCUCCCAUUCAGUCAAUCCGGCACAUUCCACGCUCCGAUCCACACUCAGCAUCCCGCUCUCCAUCCGGAAACUCCUUCUCUCUGGCCAGUAUCUUGCACCAGCAACAAAUAGAGAAAGACGAGAUCCGAGAAGCAGCCAUGGCCAAGCACAAUUUGCAAGAAAUCCAAGCCGAGCAGGAGUUCCAGGCAUGGUGGGAUCAAGAGAGUAAACGUGUGCAGGGCCUUCUUGAUCCUGAACAGUCUCAAAAAAAGCAAAGGCAGCGUGGUGGCAGCAGAGCUGGACGUGGCGGAAAGGAGUCAGGUACUUAUAACAGUUCACGCAAGCGUCGGGGUAAUAAGAGUACCACACCAGAGGCCAAUUCCGAGGGCCAAAAGCAGCCUCAACCGCAAGCUACCCCGAAAAGGAACGUGAAUGGCCAUGGGUCUUCACAGGCUCAAGAAACCCAGGCUGGGAAUCAUGCCGGGGUUAAGAAUUCUCGUCGUGGUGGACAUCAGCGCGGCCGAGGACGUGAUCGGGGAAAUCAGUAG